AGAUGAUGAUAAUUCUUGUGAAGAAAAAGAUAGUGACAAUGUUCGUAAAAGAAGUAAUAAAAAGCUCAAUAAGAUGAUGAAAGUUAUUUCAAAGCUGCAGUGGGAAGAUGGUUUGUUGUCUACCUUUUUUAAG